UGUGUGAGAGUAGGGGCGUGGAUUGGGGAAAGAUGGCGGCCUGGUUGGCGUUGCAACGGCAGCUGGGCUGCGUCAAGAACCUUCCAUCGGUGUGGCCGUCUUGUCGUCGUGAGCUUUUUCACCAUCGGCCCUUCUGUUUGAAAACUGUUUCUCCGGGGGGAGGGUCCCUGAAGCUGGGUUUUGUCUGCCGUGGUUGUGAAUUGAAAAGACUGCGUUAUGUUUCCAGCAGCGCCCGUCACCAAAGCAAAGAUCCCAUUUUCAAGAGCUUCUUGUCUCGCCCACUAACUCACCAUUUCGAAGGAUUUAAUAGAAUACAGAUUUUAAAGCUGUUGACCCAAGAUCCAACAAAGAUUUGGCAGUUUUUAGGUGGCAUAUACCACUUCAGCACAUCAAAAUCAUCUCGAGAUCAGAAACCGAAUGAGAAAUCCAAAGGGAGAAGUCCAGAAGAAGAUGAAGAAGAGAAAAGGAGACGGGAGAGGGAGGAUCAAAUGUACAGAGAACGACUGAGGACCUUAUUUAUAAUAGCUGUUAUAAUGAGCUUGUUGAACUCCAUUAACAGCAGUGGAGGAAAUAUCUCCUGGAAUGAUUUUGUUCAGGAGAUGUUGGCAAAGGGUGAAGUGGCCAGGGUCCAGGUUGUUCCAGAGAGUGAUAUUGUAGAAAUCUACCUUCACCCAGGAGCUGUAGUAUUUGGUAGACCGCGAUUAGCCUUGAUGUAUCGAAUGCAGGUAGCAAACAUCGAUAAGUUUGAAGAGAAGUUACGGUCUGUUGAAAAUGAGCUUGGGAUUGACGGAAAGGACAGGAUCCCAGUAUCAUACAAACGCACAGGUUUCUUUGGAAAUGCACUGUAUGCCCUGGGGAUGGCUGCGGUGGGAGUGGCAAUUCUGUGGUACAUAUUUCGGCUUGCAGGAAUGGCUGGAAGAGAUGGUGGAUUUAGCGCAUUUAAUCAGCUAAAAAUGGCUCGUUUCACAAUUGUGGAUGGAAAGUCUGGGAAAGGAGUUUCAUUUAAGGAUGUGGCAGGAAUGCAUGAGGCCAAGCUGGAGGUUAACGAGUUUGUCGAUUACCUGAAGAGCCCGGACCGUUACUUGCAACUGGGUGCCAAGGUUCCAAAGGGAGCUUUAUUGCUGGGACCACCUGGAUGUGGAAAAACACUUCUGGCAAAAGCUGUGGCAACUGAAGCCCAGGCUCCUUUCUUAGCUAUGGCUGGGUCAGAGUUUGUGGAAGUGAUUGGAGGUCUGGGUGCAGCAAGAGUACGAAGUUUGUUUAAGGAAGCUCGAGCUCGUGCCCCAUGCAUUGUGUACAUUGAUGAAAUUGAUGCAGUGGGCAAAAGACGAUCAAAUAACAUGUCUGGUUUUGCUAAUACUGAAGAAGAACAAACAUUGAAUCAACUAUUGGUCGAAAUGGAUGGAAUUGGCACAACAGAUCAUGUAAUAGUUCUGGCUUCAACCAACCGUGCUGACAUUUUAGACAAUGCCUUGAUGCGACCUGGUCGGUUGGACAGACACAUAUUUAUUGACUUUCCUACAUUGCAGGAGAGGAAGGAGAUUUUUGAGCAGCAUUUGAAAGGUCUGAAGUUAUCAAGCCAAGCUAGCUUUUAUUCGCAACGACUGGCUGAACUCACUCCAGGGUUCAGUGGUGCUGACAUAGCUAACAUUUGCAAUGAAGCAGCAUUACAUGCAGCCAGGGAAGGAGAGAAAUCUGUUGACACCUUCAAUUUUGAAUAUGCAGUAGAGAAGGUCAUAGCAGGCACUGCCAAGAAGAGCAAAAUACUCUCCAAAGAAGAAAGGAGAAUAGUAGCUUUCCAUGAGUCUGGACAUGUCCUUGUGGGCUGGCUUCUUGAGCAUACAGACGCUGUUUUGAAGGUUUCUAUAACACCAAGAACAAAUGCUGCACUUGGAUUUACACAGAUCCUGCCACAAGAGCAGUUCCUUUUUACCAAAGAGCAGCUAUUUGAACGCAUGUGUAUGGCUUUAGGAGGACGUGUUGCAGAAGCUAUUACCUUCAAUAAAGUCACAACAGGUGCUCAGGAUGAUUUACAAAAGGUUACGAAAGUGGCUUAUUCCAUGGUAAAAUGCUAUGGAAUGGUUGAAGCAAUUGGUCAUGUUUCAUUCCCCGAUACAGAGGAGAAGGGCGUAAUGGGUCGACGGCCUUUCAGCCAAGGACUUCAGGCGCACAUGGAUCAUGAAGUCAAUUUGUUGGUGGCUCGUGCAUACAGACACACAGAGAAACUGAUCAUGGAUAACAGGGACAAACUUAAUAAACUUGCAAAUGCCCUUGUGGAGAGGGAAGUUCUAAAUUACGAUGACAUUGAGACACUUAUUGGGCCUCCACCCCUUGGCCCAAAGAAGAGAAUAUCACCCCUGAGUUGGAUAGGAGCUGAGAAAGAGAAACAAGAUACGGGAGAGAAUGAGCCUCCUGCAAAACAUCUACCAGACCGUGAAAUAAACAUACAUCCCAUUUAACUUGUCUGGUGAUUGCUGCUAUCUUGCAUUUUGAAGGAUGACAAGAAUGUCGGCAGAACUAAGAUUGAAGGAAGCAAAAGGAUGGAGUUAUGAUUUGAUUGGAAUUAAGUACUGGGCAUUUCUAAUGACUGGGGCAUAGAAAACCUCAGCUGACAGCUCAAUACACCAUCAGAUGCCAUCUUUCAGAUGUGGAAAUAAACCAAGAUACUAUUUUCUCUCUUAGCUGGACAUAAGAUCUCAUUGUACUCAUUUAAUGGGGAUGAGGUAAUUAAUUAUCCCCGUUUACAACCUGGUAUUUAUUCUACAAAAGCAGAUUAUCUUGCUAUUGUGGGAUAUUUGUACAAAUAUUGGCUGCGGCGUUUCCCACAAGAGUCUCUAGGAUGACUUGAGCCAUGAAGUACAAUCAAUAAAUACGACAACUUUAAACAUUGAUUUAAGUAAAUGGAACAAAAAUGGGAAACAAAAACAAAAAACAUACCGAUGCUGGAAUGUUGAAAUAAAAACAGAAAAUGCUGGAAAUACUCAGUGGGCCAGGCAUCAUCUGUAGAAAGAGAAGUGGUUUAAUGUUUUACGUCAAAGAUCCUUUAUCUAUACUUUUUAACUUCAGAACCUAAAUAUGGUCAUGUGCCAGAGUGGAUAGGCACAAUGAUUAAUUGUCACAUAGACCAAAAUCAUCCCCUCUUCUGUCCAGUAUCUUUGGUUAUAUCAACACAUGAAAUAUGUAAAGCCUUGCUUUAUGUUUCACUGGCACUUUGCAUUGACCCCACAAGGGAAUUUUGUUUCCUCUAAGGGAAAAUGAUGCAUGCACUUCAGUGAGUUUUCCAUUGUCAGAUUUGCCGACCAUUGGCUUUUUAUUGGAAGGUCAUUUAUAACAGAAAUACUUUCAGUAAUAUUCCAUUAAUAUGUUUGUUACCUCUCAUUCAGGAACAAGUUUUCAUAUUUUCUUUGCACUAGGACAUGGACUUGUUUAUUAAUUACUCCACCAGUAAAUGGAUGAUGAUUAAAAUUGCUUUUGGAAAUUACUUCUUGUAGUCUUAACAAAAAAAAGGGUUGUAAUGGGUACAUUAUACCCAAAUGGGUCAUAGUAUUUGUACAGUAAAAUAAUACAUUUAAUAUUUGUUAUGCAAAAUGUGCUAUUGCACCAAUUCUUCCAAUUUCAUUGAAAAUUGUUAAUUGAUCUAAAACCUUGUCCAAGUUUAUUAAACCGAUUUUGAACAUAUUGUUGAUGGGGCAUUUCAACAACCCAAUUAAGAUAAUUUCUGAUACUUUAAAUUUAUGUAUAAAUAUAUUUUGUAUAACUGUUAGAUUAGUAACAUAGGUAUAUAUUUAUCAAAAAAUGGUGGGUUGUACCUUCAAAAGAAAUAUCAAGCUGUGUCCUAAACAGAUGUAAAAAGAUUCCAUUGCCCAAUUUCAAGAAUAAAGGUAAAUCCGGUACCCUG